UCCUCCUCCAGGCUGGCCAGAGUCUCAGGACAGGACGACAGGGCAGAACUGGCCAGGGCAGAGUGCGAUGGUGCAGGCAGGACCUUCUUCAUGGAUGUCGGUGGGAAGGCUGCUGCUAGUGAUCUAGAGGGCUUGUAGGUUGUUAUUUCCUACGCUGAGAAGGUUGAGGUAUCCUCCCAGCAGCUGCAGUAUUUUUAGAUCACUUCUGAAGGUACAAAAAUGUCGUCUCCAAGUCCGGGCAAGAGGCGAAUGGAUACCGACGUGGUGAAACUCAUUGAGAGCAAGCAUGAGGUCACUAUCUUAAGUGGGCUCAACGAGUUUGUGGUCAAGUUUCACGGACCACCUGGAACACCAUAUGAAGAAGGUGUGUGGAAGGUUCGGGUGGAUCUACCAGAUAAAUACCCUUUCAAAUCACCAUCAAUAGGAUUCAUGAAUAAAAUCUUUCAUCCUAACAUUGAUGAAGCGUCAGGAACUGUGUGUUUAGACGUCAUUAACCAGACAUGGACAGCUCUGUAUGACCUCACCAACAUCUUUGAGUCGUUCCUCCCUCAGCUGCUUGCCUACCCCAACCCCAUCGAUCCUCUGAACGGGGAUGCCGCCGCCAUGUACCUGCACCGGCCAGAGGACUAUAAACACAAGAUCAAAGAGUACAUACAGAAGUAUGCCACAGAGGAGGCUCUAAAGGAGCAGGAGGAGCGCAGGGGGGACUCCUCCUCCGAGAGCUCCAUGUCAGACUUUUCCGAGGACGAGGCUCAGGACAUGGAGUUGUAGUGAAAGCGGAGCCGCCUUCAAAUCACAACAGACUGUCAUUUCCUAAAGAGCAGAAACUUAGUACUAUAUUCAUAUUUAAACAGACAAUUUUUUUACAGCAACAUAAGGAUUUUUAUCGCUACAUGAGGAUUUGCAGUAUGAAAAAUAUACCCAUGUUUUGGGAAGUCAUCACCACCUGCCCUUCCCCCUCCUCUUCAUCCCAAGAGCUUGUCUAGAUCAAAACGGGGGGCUUCAUUAUGUUGGCUGAUCUUUUGUAUCCUUGCCUGAGGUUUGUCAGACGGCUUGACAGGACUGAACCAUGAGCGACCAGCACAGGAGGACAGCCAUCAGUGAAUCUUCACCACAGGCCCCAUCUCUCCAUUUUUCUUAGUUGUUUUCUUAAAUCAGCAUUUUACUUCAUUAUCAGCUGUCAGACAGUGCCGGAUGACAAUCCAUGUUUUCUGAGGGGUGUGAAGAGCGAAAAACCACCUCCCUUCUUUUCACCCUCAACAUGUUCCCGGUUCAUUUUUUUCGCACUGGAGGAGACGCCAUCAGAAUGAUCUUUUUUUUUUUUUUUUAAGAGUUGAAGAGGAGAAAGCCGCGAUGCACUCGUGUGUUCUGUGCACAGACUGCAGACGGCUUCCAGCGGGACUGCCUUUUGGCACAAACCUGCAGACAUGUGGCACGUUAUCAGAUCACAUCAGCCGUGACGAGUCACGCGGACGCCACAGCGUGUAUAUGUGUGUGGACGCAUGGAUGUAAUCCAUUGAUAACCUGUGUUGUACUGGCCCCUGAUGCUCAGCAGAGAACAGGAGAGAGGUUCAUAACCCUGAUCCCUCUUUUUUCUUCAGCAUCCAAGUCCUCCUCUUCCUCUCCGUUUUAGGAAAGCGUUUGGCAUUCUCUGAGUAUCUUUGUGUAUCGUGGCAUGACACAGAAGUAAAGUUUGUGUAGGCCUUUGUGGAGCUGUAUCGCUGUGGGCAUGAAACAGAUGGCUUUGUGUGUCGGGGCUGGGUUCAGAGGGGAUUCUUGUUGAAUUUAUCUUUGCCUAUUGCUUUUGCUGAAUUAUAAUAGGUGUCUGACUUGCGUAGGGAUAGUUAAUUUCUUUGCGGGUGGUGUAUCCUAUCAUAAUGUAUCGUUUAAUACUUAUAUAAUACACAAGUUUAAAAACUACUUUUCCUGUAAAGUUGAGGAGAAUUUGACAUUUUUGUCUGUAGGGUGACUGUUCAGUGGAGUCAUCUAAAGACAAGUCGCCUCCCUGCUUGUCUGCACCACUGUCAUAUGUAAGUGUGUCCUUCAGAAAACAUCACCGUCGUCCAACCAGAGCAUACUUUUUUCUCAACCUUACCCCCUCACUCCCGGGUCUUUCAGCAGGGUCACAGUUGCCAUUUCAUGCUGUUGAUAGUUUUUUUUUCAAAAUGAUGGGACCAAAAUGUUACAGACCUGUUAGUUUCAUGUAUCCCACAAAAGAGUACAAGUUCUCCUCAGGUUUGAUUUGUGGAUAAGAAAUAUAGGUUGAAUUUUGAAGGUUAAUUCACAACGUUGUUCAGUAAUGUUAAACUCUAAAGCCACUUCAAUUCAGGUUCUUCUCCUUCAGUGGAUGCUUAAAAAGUUUUUUGUCCUGGUUUACUCACAAUAAGGUUUAUACACUGGUUUGAGUCAAAACGGUAGGAUUCCAGAGCUGGGACAGUUAUUUGGUAAAUCUCGUGAUGGUAUACUGGUUCGUUUUUUUGUGUAGGAUUAAAACUGGUAGUGUUUGUUACAUACAGCCUUUGGAUUGCAGAACAGUAAGCUGUAAGAGAAAGCAAAAACUGAAGCAUAUAACCAUCAAAAGGGCCCAUUUCUUCUUGUUUGAAGAAAAACUGAUUCUUAUCUUGGCUUAUUAUUAAGGCAAGAUGAAUAAUAUCUUUAUUUUGAAUAUCAAACUUUAGGGGAUUUACACCUUCUUUUUUUUCUAACAUGCUGUGUAAUUGUUUUGGUCAACAGUCUAAUUGAAAUGCUCCUGAUUUUUACCAAAUGUUAUUCUUAGGAUAACAUGAUGUCACAGUCAGUUUUCAAACGCAGCAAAAACAAACCACUGUCCAGCCUCUUUGUCAUCUGGAUUUGUCAUUUUGUGUGUUUUUUGUUUUUUUUAAUUUACACAACACACAUUUGAUGCCUAUGAUUUAUAUGUUUUAAUUUUUAUCUUUUAAGCCCUACGUGCAGGAUACAGAUAAAGAUAUCCGUAAUUUUUAAAGGCAAAAAAAUCAAUAAAUGUGCUUCCCUUGUAACUUGAACAAAUAAAUAAAUUUGAAAAAAAAAAAAAAAAAAACAAGAAGUACACGUUUUUGUUUUUUAUUUUUCACCACUACCAUAUAUGCGUCUGACACUUAUUGAUUAAAAAUUCUGUUUAGUUUGAUUGUAAACUGAUUUUGGACUCGUCAUGCUGUGAUGGAUUUACAAACAUAACAGAUCGUUAAAGCGUGUUCUUCUCAUAUCCACCAGGUGGCAGUGUCUCCUAGACUAAUGCUAUGAUCAUGAGUGUUCAGAGGAAGUGGCUCUAUUAUAGAUAACAUUUGGUUAAUAGUGUUAAUUUUGGUGUGAACACAUCUGUGGAUUAUAUUGCUGAAGGUUUUUAAACCUUCCACUUCUGCAGGAAAUAAAAUGCUCAAAGCAAUAAAAUAUGAAACCUCAAUUCGUUUUUUUUAACCUUCUAAAGUGGGAUCAUAUCUGUUACAU